UCCUAGUAGUGGUUGGUUCUUAUUUUAUUUGCAAGUGAAUCAAACGUAAAAUCAGUUGACUAAGCCAACAGAUAAGCAUAGGCUUGUGUUAUUGAAGUACUGAUUCGUUAGCAACUGCAAUCACAGUACCCAUGGCCUCCGAAUCAGCUGAGCUUCACUUUGUUUUGGUACCCUUGAUGUUUCCAGGCCAUCUGCUCCCCAUGGCGGACAUGGGCAGAGUACUGGCUCAGCAUGGUGUGACAGUCACUCUAGUCACCACGCCUCUUAAUGCUUCUGGAUUCAAAAGCAUCCUUGGUCCUGGUAUAGCUUCUGGGGUCCAAACCCGGCUUCUUCAACUAAGAUUUCCAUGCGUUGAGGCUAACUUGCCUGAUGUCUGCGAGAAUAUAGAUGCUCUCCCAUCACUGCUCUUGUUCAAGAAUUUUAUGGAUGCUGUUGGCAUGUUGCAGCAGCCGCUUGAGCAAUUCUUGGAAGAGACACAACCAGAACCAAGCUGUAUUGCCUCUGAUAGACCGCUUCCCUGGACAAUUAACGUCGCUGAAAAAUUCAGAAUUCCAAGGCUUGUUUUCAAUGGGACGAGCUGCUUUACUGCUGUACGCUCACAUUUUAUUGACAUAUCAAAGAUUUGCGAGAAGGUCUCUGAUGAUCUGGAGCCUUUUGUGGUGCCUGGUUUGCCGGAUAGGAUUGAACUAACUAAAGCCCAGCUGCCUGUUAACUUCAAACCAGAAUUAGUGGCUUCGAAAGACAAGGAAGAACAGCUGAGGGUAGCGGACAUGGCAUCGUAUGGUUUGGUGGUUAAUUCUUUUGAAGAAUUGGAAUCAGGAUAUGUUGAAGAAUACAGAAAGGUAAAAGGAGACAAGAUUUGGUGUAUUGGUCCUGUGUCACUUUUUAACAAGGGCGAAAUAGAUAAGGCUCAGAGAGGAAGCAAAGCCUCUGUUGAUUUAAGCCAGUACUUGCAGUGGCUUCAUUCAUGGCCCCAAAACACAGUUGUUUACGCUUGCAUCGGAACGCUAAGCAAUGUCGCACCUGAGCAACUGAUCGAAUUGGCCUUGGGUUUAGAAGCAUCAAACCUUCCAUUCAUUUGGGUUAUCAGAGAAGGGAACAAAUCUGAUGAGCUCAAAAAAUGGGUGUCGGAAGGAUUUGAAGAGAGAAUGAAAGGGAGAGGCCUAAUGAUCCAUGGCUGGGCAGCGCAAGUUUUAAUAUUGUCUCACCCAGCAGUAGGAGGGCUAUUGACACAUUUUGGUUGGAACUCAGUACUAGAAGGAGUUGCUGCUGGUUUGCCAAUGGUAACAUGGCCACUAUCAGCUGAUCAGUUCUUCAACGAAAAGUUAGCGGUGAAAGUAUUGAGGAUCGGGAAAAGGGUAGGAGCUGAAAUUGCCAUGAGACGGGGAGAGGAAGAGAAGUAUGGAGCGAUGAUCAAGAGAGAGCAAAUUGUGAAGGCUAUAGACUCAGUAAUGGAUGCAGGAGGAGAAGGAGAAGAGAGAAGGAAGAGAGCAAGGGAGCUUGAGUUGGCAAAGAAGGCAUUUGAAAAUGGGGGAUCUUCCUAUCUCAAUGUCAACAGGCUAAUCAAAGAUAUUAUGCAAGUCAGUGGCAAGAAAGCGCAGGAAUGACAC